AUCUGUCUAUCAGCAAUAUCUAGUUUUAAAACACCUCUCAGUCACUCAAUUAAUACCCUCAGGAUCUUUAAAGAGCUUUCCCACAGUACACCUACACAGAGACUACAUCUAGAAACUUAACUCAAUCCUCAAGAUGUUCCGCAUCCAGCCCGCACGCGCAGUUCAACGGGCAAUCUUCACUCGCCCUCAAGUCGUUCGUCCUCGCUUUCUUUCAACGAACCCAGCACGGUUUGCGCAAAAGGACGCACAAGACAAAGACUCGCUCAAGCCACGAUCGACCGAGUAUGCCAAAUCUGGCUCUGAUGAUGGCGCAGCACACACAGACGCAGCUUUUGAUCCCUCAAACACAUCUCCAGAGGCAGCAGAAGCAGAUGCUGAGCGUGAAGCUGGCGGAAAACAGAACAGCUUGAAUGUUAGCCCAGGAAACAAGGACAUCAGCGAACCCAACAGCCCCACUGUCGGGGGACACGGAGGCGCGCCGAGCAAGAAGAGCAGCGGUGCAGGCAGUGCGCCAAAGAACAGCUCGGGAUGAGCACACACAACGCGUGAUGGUUUCCCGGUGAUGGGGCGGACACACAACUGGGGGCCAUAUAUGAGCUCAGCAGGCAUAUGGGAGAUAUGAACGAUCCAUGGAGCAUUUAGGGCAUGUCACAUUGGUGAUGGAUUAUGCUACUUUUACAUUUUUCAAGAAAUGAUGUACAUACAUUCGUGGGGGAGCUGGCGCAUAGCAUGUGCAAUCUCAACAUUCAAUCAGGAUUCAUCUUCUUGUAGUGCCUCAUCUGCCUAUUGCA